UGAAAUUUGAAGCAAUAGUUAUCAUUUUUGGCAUCAUCUUGAAUCAAGCAAAACAGAGAACAAGAUGACUGAAAAUACAUCACAGUAUCAUGUCGCUUUGUUCCCUUUCAUGUCUAAAGGCCACACCAUUCCCCUCCUCCACCUAGCCCACCUCCUCCUCCGCCGCGGCAUCACGGUCACCAUCUUCACCACUCCGGCAAACAAACCCUUCAUGGCAUCAUAUCUUGCUGAUGAAACCACUGCGUCUUUAAUUGUUUUACCCUUCCCUCAGAAUGUCCCAAAUAUUCCUACUGGUAUUGAGAGCACUGAUAAGCUCCCUUCCAUGUCACUUUUUCCUUCGUUUGCGCUCGCCACCAAGCUUAUGCAGCCAGAUUUUGAGCAAGCCCUCGGCAAUCUUCGACCAGUGAGUUUCAUGGUUUCUGAUGGUUUCUUGUGGUGGACGUUAGAGUCUGCAAACAAGUUUGGUUUUCCAAGAUUGGUGUCCUAUGGCAUGUCUAAUUACUCUAUAUGCCUGACGAGAGCUGUACGCGAUGAAGGACUUCUUUCUCGAGCGGAGUCUGAUGAUGAACAGAUCACAGUCGCUCGGUAUCCAUGGAUCAAGAUCACUAGAAAUGACUUUGAGCCUUCUAUUAUAGAAGAUGAACAAAAGGGUAAUCAAAUCGAGCAUAUGAUGAAGGUAGUAGCUGCUUCAAAAAGUAGUUAUGGCUAUGUAGUCAACAGUUUCUAUGAACUAGAACCGGUUUUCGUUGAUUACUUCAACCGUCAAUCCGAAGCAAAGGCUUGGUGUGUCGGACCCCUUUGUUUAGCCAAGCUACCGAAGGUCGUCCUUAAAUCUUCAUCUCAUCAUCAGAAACCCAUUUGGAUAAAAUGGCUAGAUGAAAAACUAGAGCAAGAGAAGCCGGUUCUGUAUGUAGCAUUCGGGUCUCAAGCAGAGAUUACGCCGGACCAACUCAAGGAGAUCGCAAUAGGAUUGGAGAAGUCAGAUGUGAACUUUUUGUGGGUGACGAGAAAUAAGGAAUCAGAUCUAGGAGAUGGUUUUGAAGAGAGAGUUAAAGACAGAGGAACCAUAGUAAGAGACUGGGUAGAUCAAAUGGAGAUACUUGAGCACCGGAGCGUUCAAGGAUUCUUGAGCCAUUGCGGAUGGAAUUCAGUUUUAGAGAGCAUAUGCGCAGGAGUGCCUAUUCUUGCGUGGCCAAUGAUGGCAGAACAACCUUUGAAUGCAAAAAUGGUGGCGGAAGAGAUAAAAAUAGGGAUCAGACUAGGAACGCGUAUGGGGACAGAGCGACAGUUGGUGAAGGGAGAAAGAUUGGAGAAGAAGGUGAGAGAGCUGAUGUGGGGGAAUAAAGGAAAAGAAGUGGCGAAAAGAGUGAAGGAAUAUGCAGAGACGGCCAGGACAGCAAUGGCGGAAGGGACUGGGUCGUCAUGGCGCACGUUAGACAUGCUGAUAAAUGAGAUAUGCCGGAAACAGCAACAAGAAGUGAAAUGAAUUUGAUUUAACCGUAAAAUCUAGUUUAUGUAAUAAAAAGUUUCAUACAUCAUAUCAUAAACAUCAUGGAGUAUCUUAACUAACAAACAGUAGAAAUACAUUCUGGUGCUGAUGCGCUAUCAUCAGCCAAAAGUUUGAUCUACUGAGCUAGGGAAAUUGAGAGCUCAAUAAACAAACAAAAUGCUGCAAAUUUUGAUUUCA